AUGGCAGUUGUUACGGGUGCAAAUAAAGGGAUUGGUUUAGAGAUUUGCAGGCAGUUGGCAUCUAAAGGGGUCCUGGUGAUUUUAACGGCUAGAGAUGAGGAGAGGGGUCUGGAAGCUGUUAAAAGCCUCCAAGUUUCAGGUUUUUCUGACGUAGUUUUUCAUCAACUUGAUGUAAUGGACGAACUCAGCAUUGCUUCCUUCGCCAAUUUCAUCAGAAACCAAUUCGGAAGGCUUGAUAUAUUGGUGAACAAUGCAGGCAUUACUGGAACAGAAAUUAAAGAAGAUGACUGGAAGAAGUUAAGAUUUGGUGUUGAAGAUAAUGAUGGUAAUGGAAUUCUGAACUUGGAAAAAAAAAUACAAGUAUAUAUGUUUUCAAUCUCUAACGUUUUGCUAUAUUGGAUUAUUGAUCAGAUUAUAGGUGUAAAUGCUGCAUCACAAAGAAAACUUAUGAAGCAAACUUAUGAAAUGUCAAUUAGUUGCCUGAGAACAAAUUAUUAUGGAAUCAAGCACCUAACUGAAGCAUUAAUUCCUAUCCUUGAACGAUCCAAUUCUGCAAGAAUAGUCAAUGUCUCCUCCUCCUUUGGGAAGCUAAAGUUUUUUCCUAAUGAAAAAACCAAAAAGAUGCUAGGUGAUGUUGAUGGCCUCACAGAAGAAAAAGUUGAGGAGCUGGUGGAAGAGUUCCUGGAGGAUUUUAAGAAUGAUGUAGUGGAAACCAAACGUUGGCCUACCCUUUUUUCAGCUUAUACUGUGUCCAAGGCUGCUCAAAAUGCCUACACAAGGAUUUUGGCAAAGAAGUAUCCCAAAAUCGCAAUCAAUGCAGUUUGUCCUGGUUUUACUUGCACGGACUUAAAUUAUAACAAUGGAAGCGUAACUACUGAAGAAGGUGCACGAGGUCCUGUUAUGCUGGCUCUGAUGCCUGAUCAUCAGCGCCCUUCUGGCUGCUUCUUUUUUCAGACAGAAAUGUCGACUUUUGAAUGAUAUAAACCAAUGUACUUGCAGUGUAUGCAUGUUAUGUACUAGCUAAGAGAAUAAAGGUGGGGGACGGGCCAUCACUGACAUGUAAA